GAGAAGACAGACGACCGAGAGAGAACCCAACACAUUCAAUUUGUCUCCGGCGAGAUCUCAUUUCUGAUCCUUCACGGUGGCGUCGACGUCAGGGCAACAACAAGAAGGUCUCUCAAGAAGGAAGCCUCCAUCAUCAUCAUCAUCAUCAUCUCCUCCUUCCUCUGAUUCGCCUCUACUACGAACUCCCUCGGCGAGGAAAGCGAGCCCCGAGUUUCCUUUUUAUCAGCAGAACUGGUUCAUCGCUCUCCUCUUCCUGAUGGCUAUGGGAUUCUUCUGCCUCGCUCUCUUCCUUUACCUCAGCCUUGAUCCCGAUUCCGGCUACACCUCUGCCUCCGCCGCAGCGCCUUCCGGUAAAGAAGGUGUCCAGGUAAGUUAUGGGAGUGCGAUAAAGCUGAUGCACGAGAAGACGAAGUUUCGUCUGCAUUCUCACGAUGUGCCUUAUGGAUCCGGCAGUGGUCAGCAGUCUGUUACUGGCUUCCCUGGCGUCACUGAUUCCAACAGCUACUGGAUUGUAAAACCUGUGCCUGGGACAAAAGCGAAGCAAGGUGAUGCCAUCAAGAAUGGAGAAACCAUUAGAUUGCAGCACAUGAAGACCAGAAAAUGGCUCCACAGUCACCUACAUGCCUCCCCUAUCUCUGGAAACUUAGAGGUUAGCUGCUUUGGAGAUGAUUCAAAUUCCGAUACUGGGGAUCACUGGAAGCUUACAAUCGAAGGUAGUGGAAAGAUAUGGAAACAAGACCAAAGAGUCCGUCUUCAACACAUUGACACUAGUGGCUACCUCCAUAGCCACGACAAGAAGUACCAACGCAUUGCCGGUGGUCAGCAAGAGGUCUGUGGAAUCCGGGAGAAGCGGGCUGAUAAUGUUUGGUUGGCAGCAGAGGGAGUCUACCUUCCCGUUAAUGAGAGUAGCAAGUAAGGUAAAGAGUUGUGUUAACUUCUCUCGAGGACUUUGAAUCUCAUCUUUUACUCUCUAAACUCGAAAACAAGAAAAUUGCUAAUCUGCGAUUGAUGAUGAUACUGUAGUCGCGCGAAUUUACAUAUUGUUUUGCUAGGUAUUUUGCAUUAAUCUUCUUUUUUUCUUCCUUA